AUGGAGGGAUCGCAAGAUCCGCCCCUCGUUGCGGUCAUGACUCCGGUGCACGAUGCAGCGCUUCCAGCGGAGGAGCGCGAGUCGCCACGACUAGACGGGGCUGAGGAUGAUGAGCUGGAUGUUGAUCAAGACGACGCCCAAUCGUUCAUGCAACCAGCAAUCAGCCCGCUGGCCACGCUGCUCACGUCUCCGAGGAUGCCGGCCGCUGAGAAGGUCGCCGCCAUCAAUCGUCAAUCCCCGGGAGAACCGUUCGAGACGUCGGAGAGUGAUGAGCCAAGUCAGGAGAAUGCAGAAAUGCUGGUCCCCGGCUACGGGAGCCAAGUGCCCGAGAGUUCGCAGGGCGGUCUGUCUCCCGUAGUACGGCUCCCUACUCCGUGGCAGGCCGGGCCGAAGCAGUUCCUGGUCUCAGAACCGGGCCGGUUCAGGUCCUCCAUGGCCGCGGCGUUCCAGACGAGACAACAGCGCUCGCAAUCGGUUGGGGAGAGUCUGAAGAGGCUCUCCAAAGCCCUGCCGUCCAUCUCAAUCCCGUCCGGCUUCCUCCCGAGCAUUACGACGCCGACCUUCUUCUCUAGCUCUAGCUCGCCACCCAAGGACGCGCGAAGAUCGCAUACACAUAUGCCACCAACUCCGGUAACCUCGGAGACGUCAUCCAGCAGUCGUCUCCCGGACGUGGCUCCUCCGCAUGCGGCGCCGAUCCAGCCUGAUUCAGCCAGGCCUCGCACCCUGCGCCAUACCGCCUCGGAUGAUUCUCUUCUUUACCAGGCGCUGUCUCGGGUGUCUUCGCUGGGAGACGACGAGCGGUUUACCCAUGUCCGAGCGCAGGUGAAUGUGCGAUUCAAGGCCAUCAAGGACAGCUUCGAUGGUCCGUCGUUUAAGUUGCCCCAGAUGCCCAAUCUGCUUAACGCGUCCCUGAAGAAGUCGCCGACAGAUCCGCCGUCAGGUGUCCCGCGGUCAUACCCUGUGCAGAACAGCCCACAAGUGAAUCAGGAUCCGCUAGACGCGGUCCUGGAAUCAUUAACUGGAGAUAUUGUGAUUAUGGGCGGGUACAGGGGCUCUAUUCUGCGAUCGGCCAAGCCUCCCCACAGGCGGCUGUGGGUACCCGUCAAGGUGCAGCUGGGAGUGCGAAAGGUCAACCUGGAGGUUGGACUGGACCCAGAGGACGAGGAAAACAUGGAGAAGAGCAUUAUUGCGGACGGUAUGCUUCAGAAUAUUGGCCCAGUCGAUAUCUCGAAGAGGCUCUUCAAGAAACUGAGGGACUGCGAAAACGCCCGAACCGGCAAGCUCAGAGUCCACGACUACGGCUACGACUGGAGGCUCAGUCCCCACCGCCUGUCCCGGAGAUUGAUCGGUUUCCUCGAGAAGCUACCGUCGAAUCAGCCAGGUGUUGCCAAAGAGAAACGGGGUGCUUUGGUCAUCGCACACAGCCUCGGCGGUCUUAUCACGCGGCACGCCGUGAACCAGCGACCCGAGCUCUUCUCAGGCGUCUUGUAUGUCGGCGUUCCACAGCGUUGUGUCAACAUCCUGGGGCCGCUCCGAAACGGCGACGCAGUACUCUUCAACGAGAAGGUCCUCACCGCGCAGGUCAACUUCUCGCUGCGAACCACCUUCGUGUUUCUCCCCGAAGACGGCUUCUGCUUCGUCGACAAGGUGACCAAAGAAGAGUACCGGAUCGACUUCUACAACGUAGAUGACUGGAUCAAGUACCGCAUCUGCCCGUGCGUCUCGGAACCAGCCCUUCCGCCCCUCUCGCGAAGCAGCACUUUCGGCUCCCUCCUCAGCCUCUCCGACUCCCUACCCAGCCUCCCGCUCCGCAACCGAAGCAACACCGGAAGCAAGCGACACCUCGCCUCAGCCUCAGCCGAAGGCGGCCACUACUACCACCAGACCAUGAAUAGAGACCGGACCCUCGCCCCGCAGAUGGGCACUUCCUCGUCUUACUCUCCCUCCUCGCCCACAACAACAAGAACAACCGGGACGACCUCAUCGGAACAAACCCCGGGAGGAGGAACCUCGCAGAACAGCAACGCCGCGCGCGCCCGCAACAUAGCUUACCUAAGCCGCACACUAGCCGAGACGAAACGCUUCCGCGCCGAGUUGGCACACAACCCUUCCCACCAGGAGGCCAACGCCUACCCGCCGCUGGCCGUGAUUUACGCCAAGGACAUCCCGACGACCUGCGGCGCGGCUGUCUCUUCGCGUGAGGCGAUCGCGUGCGCCGACGCAUACGACGACCUGCUGUUCGCGUCGGGCGACGGAGUGGUGCUCGCACGCGAGGCCAUGCUUCCGCGGGGGUAUGAGCUCGUCCGGGGAGGGCGGGUAUGCACGGAUCGGGGACAUAUUACCAUGCUCGGGGACUUGGUGGCGGUGGGGAAAGGGUUGGAGGCGCUUGUCAGGGGCAGGAGGAAGGGGAUUGGCCUGGGGAAGGGGGAGAGCGGGUAA